AUCAACAUGUUCCUCACCUACAUUAUUCUCUUCUUCUUGUCCUUGGUCGGCGAUGCACUGGGCCAGAUAACAGCAGCACCUUCGUACCCAAUUCUCGCAGACCCCUGGCACUCGAGGGUUGGGCUGCUGAUCCAGAAGCGCGCAGCCGUGACUUGGUGUGAUUCUAGCAGCAAGUUCUACUGCUUCCUGCCAGCCGCCUGUGUGUCUGGCCGCGAUGGAUUCAUUGGUUGUUGCACUGCCAUUGGCACCACCUGUGCGCCCCGUACAGAAUGUAUUGACUACACAUCCGGCCUCCCAACUCCUUGCGACUACGUCACCGGAUCAUGUGUCUAUUGCUCGGACUCCAAUCUUCCCUUCUGUACCACGCAAUACCGAGACAACAAAUACGUUCUGGGUUGCGGCACCGAGCACUUGACUACUACGUACACCAAUACGGGUACUGAUACGAAGAGUGCAAUUCUCGCAUUUCCCACAGCAGUUGCUUUGCCUACAAGCAUAGCAUCUGCACUCUCGACUACAAGCAGUUCUUCCACGCCUUCGGCUGCACCUAGCUCUACCUCCCUUGCCACGAAGACAAGCUCUGCUAAUGAUCCCGAAGCACCUUCGUCACAGCCGUCAGGAGAGUUGUCUGUAUCACCAUCUUUGUUGGCGUCUUCAACAACAUCUCCUACGUCGCCGAGCAAAGCUAUUGAUACUUCUGCAUCUACUCUGGCGGCUUCAAACAGUUCCAUGGCCAGCUCUCGCGGACUGAUAAUUGGCGUAGUAAUUGGAGCAGCGGCUGGCUCUAUCAUCCUCCUAUCGGUGAUCUUCAUACUCUGGAAGUGCUGGAAGCGUCGUAGAGCUGCUGGAGGAAGAAGCUCAAAGGAAGAGUCAAACAAGGCCGGCUACUCCCUAGGCACAAACGAGGACAGCGUCACGGAGCACAAUAAUGGCCCACAUGGUGUAGCUGGCGAACAAGUAGAUUCACACGGUCCAGGUGAAUUAGAGGAGGAACUACGUCGUGCGACCGAACGCAUGCCCGGUGUUGAACAUGCCUAUAGUGCCACUCCUGGACUAGGAUCUUCUGUCCAACACGAGAAUCAUCAGCCGUACUCACCUGAGGAUGUUCGCGGAGCAGCUGAGGCACCUGCGGAUGCUCCUGUCUGGCCUUCCCCUAAUCCGACCACAAUGACGAGCCCAACACCAUCCAACUCAUCACUGUGGAUGGUGAGUCCUGCCAUUGGAACACCCAGAGCUCCAUCGCAGUACACUGCAUACAAGCCCUUCACUCCGUCCUCGGACUAUUCCAACAAUGGUCAGCCACCGUCCAGCCUUCCUCGAUCGAGAUAUGGAGGCGGAGAUGUAACACAAGAGUCACCUUUGGCAGAGCUGGAGGCACAUGAGGUUGGUAGAGCACAGUGAGCUGCAAUUGUAAGAGGCUAUAUUUCCCAAAGUGCUGCAACGGAGGUAUGGGAUGCGUCUGGAUCUGGAGGAGUUUAGGAGAGUACAGCCUACAAAGUUACGAUGUUCAUGAGAAGGUUUAAAGUCCUGUAGCCCGAAAUGGUCUU